CAUGAGUAAUCAAUUAACCACCUCGGAGAGGCCGCCGAACCUUCGGGUCCCGUAAUUCGAAAAUCGGAGCUUGAACGCUCCUAGAAUCUACAAGUAUGCGUCUUCACAAUCAACUGCACGGUGCCAGUCAUUGCAUCCAGCAUCCUUGCCGUCAACAUGAUAGUUUCCACCAUUAUCCACGCACGAUAUGCCCUCAGCACUCGGUUACUUUCUCAGACGUGUCCCCGGACAAUGAUGACAACAGCUGCACAAACGAAACGCGCAGCUAAACAGGAAGGCACGAUCGCGGACGUGUUCACGUCACUAGAUCCUGGUACCAAGGUCGCUGCACUUCCAGCUCGUUUCGCUCAGUUGAAGAAGGAUGUGCUCACCGAUAUGGGCGCGACACAUGCGAGCAUUGUGGAGGCCUGGAAGCAGGUUCUAGCUGCUUUGGAAGGACGAACGAAGGAGAUUGUUAGUUUGGGGGGAGAAGUGAUCCCUCGUGUGUCGUUUACCGACAUUGAACGCGGCUUGUCCAACACUCAGAAGGAUCGUAUCAGGAAAUCUGGUGUUGUUGUAGUGACGGGUGCAGUUCCAAAGGAGGAAGCACUACGAUGGAAAGCGUCAAUAAAGGAGUAUAUCACUGCAAAUCCCGUCAAAGGCUUCCCAGCGAACGAUAUUCAGGUGUACGAGCUCUAUAACAGUAAAGCUCAAAUCGCAGCGCGCACUCAUCCAGCCAUUCUUCGUACUCAACAAGAGCUCCUCCAGUUUUGGCAUGACCCAUCAAACAAGCACGUCGGCUUUAGUACUCCUAUCAGUUACUUCGACCGCUUGCGUAUCCGUACUCCUGGCGACAGCUCAUUCACAGUUGGCCCUCAUAUCGAUGGGGGAAGUGUCGAGCGCUGGGAGGAUCCUACAUUUCGUAGGGUCUUCAGCCAAAUCUUAGCUGGGGGAGCGGGUUGGAGGUCACACAACCCAUUCGAUGUGUCCUGGCGCGUGGAUGCAAAGCAGGAUCUAUACAAUGCACCGGGUCAAUGUUCUGUCCUUCGUUGUUGGCAAGGCUGGACCUCACUCUCCACGACUGGCGUCGGCGAAGGUACACUUCGCGUACUUCCAAUGCUCUCCCUAGCGACGGCGUACAUCAUGCUUCGUCCUUUCUUCCGUCCUGGCGCUGCUGGUGGCGAGUGGGUGCUAGACUUGGAAAGCAGUUCAUUUCCAGGAAGUAUACCAGGCAAGGGGCAGGAGCUUAAUGAAGAAACGCAUCCGCAUUUGAGACUCGGCGAGACCAUGACGAGCAUCCCAGAGAUUCAACCUGGUGAUCAGGUUUACUGGCACUGUGAUACCGUACAUUCCGUUGAGAAACUGCAUGGUGGUCAAAGGGAUUCAUCGGUUUUCUAUAUUCCUGCAGUCCCACUUUCUGUGAAAAACGCAUCAUACAUUCGUGACCAGCGAGCUAAUUUUGUGCGCGGUCUUCCUGCUCCGGACUUUCCUGGAGGCUCCGGCGAAUCUACUUUCACGGGACGAGCUACGGCGCAGGAUAUUACCACCAGCCAAGGACGUCGGGCGUUGGGUUUCGAGCCAUUCGUAUCAGGAGGGGUAGAGAAUGAUGAGCUUGUUGAUGCAGCGAAUCGUGUGUUGUUCGGUUGAGGGUUAACGAGUUUCAUGUAUCUCGCUGCAAUAAGAACGUUCUUGGUUACUGAGUACA